AUGGAUAGAAAGACAAUUGGAAAGAAGGCUAAUAAGGCCAGCACGUCCCAAGACUCAACAUUGGCGACAUUUUGGAGUCAGCAUCUGACUACAAAGCUCUUCAAACUUAACGCUAUGGAGGCACGACGUGAACUUCGUCUUCGCAAUGACCGUGUUUGGAACCCGGAUGGGUUUAACAACUACUUGGACGCCGAUGUCGCCCACGUGGAGGGAGCUCUUGGAUUCGUUGUUGCAAAGGAAGCAGCUCAUGCAUGCUCCCAUUGUGAUCGUGGUAUACGCCUAUUCCCAAUCUGCAUGAUUAUCCCUGGGUCUCCCAACGUCACGGCUUGUAUGGGCUGCCAUGCUGCGAAGAAAGGUCAACAAUGCGAUUAUUAUAUUGCCGGACCUGAGACCCAAGCCAACCCAGAGGUCGAUGUAUUUAACCUGCUGGAGGGAAAAUUGAAUGAGCUCGCAAAGACUAUCAACGACAUGCUUAAUUACCUAAGUGACUAG